AUGGAGAUCGAUCAGGGCGAAGGUGGAAGUGGAGGGAGUCCAAUCGACGAGAUGCAAGAUGAAUACGAAUACGAUGAUAUACCAUACGAAUACGACGAAGAACUCGAACAAGCCCUACAAGCUGCUGAGUCUCAAUCAAAGCCUACGAUCAAUCAAGGAUCAACAGAUGGUAUCGUACAUGACAUCGAAGAUCUACCGCUCGACACAGAAGCAAUACAGGUGAUGAGUCCUUUCCAGCAAUUUAGGAAGAAAGGUUAUUUGAGUGUAUCGGAUUUGGUAGGACCAAUAUGGUGUGAGACUCAGUAUGACUAUCGUCUAAGAACAUUACCAUACCUUCCACCAUCACAACGGCCGGAUAUCAUCAAGUCCAAAGAAGGGAAUGAGAUCGUAGUUGAUAAAGUCAAAGUGGAAGGUAAAGAGAAGAUACUAAAACGGGGAGAGAAAAUACACAAACGGCUAGAAAGGGAGAUACACCCCGAAGAGAUCAGAGUGCCCAUCUCGACUGAUGAGGAUAUAUGGGGAUUAAGGUUCUUAAACAUGCUUGCUGCGAUGGAAGCCCUCUUGGUCCUGGGCAAGUGCCGUGAAUUGCCUGUUGUAGGAUUUGUUAAAGGAGUUCUGGUAUAUGGUGUGAUAGAUGAGAUCAUUCGCGAACCUGUCGCUCCCACCUCGAUCUCAAUCUCAUCUUCAGACACUCCAUCCAAUCAAACUUCUCUUAAAACAUUUUUCGUUCCUUCCCGACCAGCCCUGCCCAAAAUCGAACCCAAAACACAUCGAUUAUACAUAUCAGACUCCAAGACCCGAUCUUCCAACGUACUGCCAAAGGAAGAAGAUACCCUCUCAGGUAGAUUACAAGUAAUGCUUUACAAAGAAUUACUAGAUGCUGUAUUGCUCUCCUCCAAUGACCCUUCCACUGACUCGUCAACUCACAAUGAGAAUAGCGAAUCCAGUCAGAAUGGCAAAUCAAUCUUACCGAGUCGGAAUUCUUUUUCAUGGGAUUAUAUCUUCGCUCAUCUCGAUCUUGACUCUACGAAACGAUUCUCAGAAGGGUUCUUGGAACAGAGUAAAUCGGUCGUAGUGGGAAAUGGACUGAGAUAUGGAAGUGAUAGAGCUGAGAACCUAAAUGAUCUAAAACUAAUUUGGAAUCAGUAUGUAUUAGAAUUGGGUUUGGGGUCGGGUAUGACCACUACGAAUAGGACGAAGAAUGUGGGCAAAGGGAAAGGGAAAGAAAAGGAAGAAGAGAAGAAUUCAGGUAGGACGGAAGACUCACUUAAAUUGGUAUAUAGACGUGCAGGAGGUAAGAAGAAACACAAGGAUAAAGAUAGGAGGAAAGGCAAAAGACGUAGAAGAGGGACUAAGGUUGAAGCACAAGAAGAAGGAGAACCACCACCGACAUAUCCGCUCCUCACGGUUAAUGGAGAUAGUGUCGAAGAUGAGGAAAGACGGUUGAUCAAAUUGGCAAUCAAAGAAUCCCUAAAAAGCCCUGCUUCUGAUCCCAUUCAACCGUUAAUCUCAGUCGAAGCGGACGAGAAAGGAGAAGACGCGAAUAUGAGCAUAUCCAGACCGCCCACACGGACUAGCGAAGAGAUUUAUUGGGGAAGCGAUAACGAUGAGCAAGAGCAAGAUUCGAAACAGGAAGAUGAAUUAGCUUGGGCGGUAGAAAUGAGUUUGGUCAACCCUGAUCUGGAGACAGAUAUUGAGGGAGGACAGGGGGUAGUAAAUGUGUUGAAAACGCCUGUGUCUUCUCAGCAAAGUGUUUCGAAUGACACUACGACUCACUCUUCAUCUGCUUCCAAAGGAACGGAUGAAGACCAAGAACAAGACCAAGGCGACAAUGAUAAUCUUCCAUCGGGUACUAUAAUAGGUACACACAAAUUUAAUCAUUCUCCCUUAUUGUUGGCGAAACAUCUAGAGAAUGUAUUACAAUUCUGGAUGGGCGAGAGAGAACCCAACGGAGUGACGCUGGAACAAACUAGGAGAUGUGGAUGGUGUGAAUUCGAGGAAGGAUGCGAAUGGAGGUUGAAGAAGGCUCAAGAAAUUUGGGAAUCACGUAAAUUGACCUAA